GUCUUGCACAGUCUGGCUCCUGGGGAUGCUUUGAUGAAUUUAACAGAAUUGAAUUGCCAGUCUUGUCAGUAGCAGCUCAACAAAUUUACAUCAUUUUGACAGCAAGAAAAGAAAGGAAAAAGCAGUUCAUAUUUUCCGAUGGAGAUGUAGUGGACUUAAACCCUGAGUUUGGAAUUUUUCUGACAAUGAAUCCUGGCUAUGCUGGGCGGCAGGAAUUACCAGAAAACUUGAAAAUUCAAUUUAGAACUGUUGCAAUGAUGGUUCCAGAUAGACAGAUCAUCAUGAGAGUGAAACUUGCAAGCUGUGGCUUUAUUGAUAACGUCAUUUUGGCUCAGAAAUUUUUUGUUCUGUAUAAACUUUGUGAAGAACAGCUUACUAAACAGGUUCAUUAUGAUUUUGGGUUAAGAAAUAUCCUUUCAGUGCUGAGAACGCUUGGAUCACAGAAGAGGGCAAGACCAGAUGACAGUGAAAUGAGUACUGUUAUGAGAGGUCUAAGGGACAUGAACCUCUCUAAACUUGUAGAUGAAGAUGAGCCCUUGUUUCUUAGUCUUAUCAAUGAUCUCUUUCCUGGGCUGGUACUGGAUAGUAAUACUUAUGUUGAGCUUCAAGCAGCAGUUGCAAAUCAGGUUGAAGAGGCAGGACUGAUUAAUCAUCCUCCCUGGAAUCUUAAACUUGUACAGUUGUAUGAAACAUCCAAAGUACGCCAUGGGUUGAUGACACUUGGACCAAGUGGAUCUGGAAAAACAACUGUUAUAACUAUAUUGAUGAGGGCAAUGACAGAAUGUGGAUAUCCUCACAGAGAAAUGCGCAUGAAUCCAAAAGCUAUUACAGCUCCUCAGAUGUUUGGCAAAUUGGAUACAGCAACAAAUGAUUGGACAGAUGGAAUUUUCUCCACCUUGUGGAGAAAAACCCUUAAAGCCAAGAAAGGAGAGAAUAUUUUUCUGAUUCUAGAUGGCCCUGUAGAUGCAAUUUGGAUUGAAAAUCUGAAUUCGGUGCUUGAUGAUAAUAAGACUCUGACUUUAGCAAAUGGAGACCGGAUUCCAAUGGCUCCUACUUGCAAGUUGCUCUUUGAAGUGCACAAUAUUGAAAAUGCUUCUCCUGCUACAGUUUCCAGGAUGGGUAUGGUGUACAUCAGUUCUUCUGCCCUAACCUGGAGGCCAAUAUUGCAGGGAUGGUUGAAGACUCGUACUCCACAAGAAGCAGAUAUAUUAUUGGGUUUAUAUGACAAAGUAUUUGAUGCAGCAUAUACCCACAUGAAACUGAAUCUUUUUCCAAAAAUGGAAUUGCUAGAAUGUAACUAUAUCAUGCAGUCUAUUAAUCUUUUGGAAGGUUUGAUACCCUCUAAGGAAGAAGGUGGCAUUGUCUGUCUGGCACAUCUUUACAGGUUAUUUGUCUUUGGCAUAAUGUGGAGUUUAGGAUCCCUUCUAGAGUUGGAUAGUCGGGAGAAGUUGGAAGCUUUCCUGAGAAACCAUGAAAGCAAACUGGACUUGCCAGUAUUUGAUAAAGGGGAAACACAUACAAUGUAUGAAUAUUUUGUCAGUGAUUGUGGUGACUGGGAUCAUUGGAAUAAAAAGGUUCAGGAAUAUGUUUACCCAACUGACAGCAUUCCUGAGUAUUCAUCUAUUCUAGUUCCAAAUGUAGACAAUGUCAGAACACAAUUUUUGAUGGAUACAAUAGCAAAGCAACACAAAGCAGUAUUGCUCAUUGGUGAACAAGGAACUGCAAAGACUGUAAUGAUUAAAGGUUAUUUAAAAAAAUAUGAUCCAGAAGAACAGUUAUCAAAAAGUUUAAAUUUUUCUUCAGCAACAGAACCUGGAAUGUUUCAGAGGACAAUAGAAAGUUAUGUGGACAAGCGGAUGGGCAGUACCUAUGGACCUCCAGGGGGCAGAAAAAUGACCAUAUUCAUUGAUGACAUUAACAUGCCCAUUAUAAAUGAAUGGGGAGAUCAGGUGACAAAUGAAAUAGUGCGUCAGAUGAUGGAAAUGGAAGGAAUGUAUAGUUUGGAUAAACCUGGAGACUUCACUACAAUUGUUGAUGUGCAGCUUAUAGGGGCAAUGAUUCACCCAGGAGGAGGUCGAAAUGACAUCCCGCAACGCUUAAAGAGGCAGUUCACUGUAUUUAACUGCACCCUUCCAUCCAAUGCCUCCAUUGAUAAAAUAUUUGGAAUAAUUGGCUGUGGAUAUUUUCAUUCGUGUAGAAAUUUCAAGCCUGAAAUAAGUGAUUUGAUAAUGAAACUGGUAUCAGCUGGUAGAAUAUUGUGGCAAUGGACUAAGAUAAAGAUGCUGCCUACACCAUCCAAAUUUCAUUAUAUCUUCAAUCUGCGUGAUCUUUCCAGAAUUUGGCAAGGCAUGUUAACAAUUAAAUCAGAAGAAUGUACUGAUAUUCAUAUACUUCUGUCUCUAUUUAAACAUGAAUGUACACGCGUAAUUGCUGACAGAUUUAUUACUGAAGACGAUGAAGAAUGGUUUGACAGAAAUUUUAGUAGAGUAAUUGAAGAACAUGUGGAUCCAAACUUAGUACCAAAAGUUCAGGCUGAACCAUAUUUUGUAGAUUUUUUGCGGGAUAUGCCUGAGCCAACGGGUGAAGAACCAGAAGAUUUUGUGUUUGAAGCACCCAAAAUUUAUGAAUUGGUUCCAACUCUUGAAUUUUUAUCUGAUAAAUUACAGUUCUACCAAAGACAAUAUAAUGAAAAUGUUCGAGGUGGAGUGCUUGAUCUGGUGUUUUUCAAGGAUGCUAUAACACAUCUUGUUAAGAUCUCCCGAAUAAUUCGGACAGCAUGUGGAAAUGCUUUACUUGUAGGAGUUGGUGGUUCUGGAAAACAGAGUCUUUCAAGGCUUGCUUCUUUUAUAGCUGGAUAUAGAAUCUUUCAGAUAACUUUAACAAGGUCCUACAAUGUGACCAAUCUAACAGAUGACUUAAAGAACUUAUAUAGAGUUGCUGGUGGUGAGGGAAAAGGAAUCACAUUUAUUUUCACAGAUAAUGAGAUAAAAGACGAAGCAUUUCUUGAAUUUCUUAAUAAUCUGCUUUCUUCUGGAGAGAUCUCCAAUUUAUUUCCUCGAGAUGAACUGGAUGAAAUAACCCAAGGACUUAUAUCUGUAAUGAAAAAAGAGCUGCCACGAGUUCCCCCAACUUUUGAUAAUCUUUAUGAAUAUUUUAUAUCACGGUCAAGGAAAAACCUCCAUGUUGUACUCUGCUUUUCUCCUGUUGGUGAGAAAUUUCGUGCACGGUCUUUGAAGUUUCCUGGUCUUAUAUCUGGAUGUACUAUGGAUUGGUUUACUCAGUGGCCCAAGGAAGCCCUUGUUGCUGUGUCACAAUAUUUUCUGUCAGGUUUCAAUAUUGUCUGUUCUUCUGAAGUUAAAGCACACGUGGUAGAAACUAUGGGCAUCUUUCAUGACCUAGUUUCAGAAAGCUGUGACAAUUAUUUUCAAAGAUAUCGGCGAAGAGCCCAUGUCACCCCCAAAUCUUAUCUUUCUUUCAUCAAUGGCUACAAAGAUGUUUAUGCUGAUAAGCUGUUCAGCAUUAAUGAACAAGCUGAGCGAAUGAAUAUAGGCCUUGCUAAACUAAUGGAGGCUAGUGAAUCUGUUGCUAAACUCUCUCAGGACCUGGCAGUAAAAGAAAAGGAAUUGGCUUUGGCUUCUGUAAAAGCAGACAAAGUGUUGGCAGAAGUGACUGUAAGUGCUGAGGCUUCAGCUAAAGUGAAGAAUGAAGUUCAAGGGGUGAAAGACAAAGCCCAGAAGAUUGUGGAUGAAAUUGACACAGAGAAAGUGGUAGCGGAGGCAAAGCUGGAGGCAGCCAGACCAGCCUUAGAAGAAGCUGAAGCAGCUUUGAAUACCAUCAAACCUGCAGACAUUUCAACGGUUCGAAAACUUGCCAAGCCACCUCAUCUGAUUAUGAGGAUCAUGGAUUGUUGUCUAUUGCUAUUCCAAAAGAAAAUUGACCCAGUUACCAUGGAUCCAGAAAGGCCUUGUCUAAAACCAUCCUGGAGUGAAUCAUUGAAACUAAUGAGUGGACCAUUUCUCCAAAGUCUCCAACAGUUUGCCAAGGAUACUAUCAAUGAAGAGAUGGUUGAAUUAUUGCAGCCUUAUUUUCAAAUGGAGGAUUAUACUUUUGAGAAUGGCAAAAAAGUCUGUGGUAAUGUGGCAGGGCUACUUUCUUGGACCCUGGCCAUGGCAACAUUUUACGGUAUAAACAGAGAUGUAUUGCCUCUUAAGACUAACUUAGCAAAACAAGAAGGACGUUUGAAAAUAGCCAAUGCAGAAUUAGGGAAGGCACAAUCAUUGCUAGAUGAGAAGCAAGCAGAGCUGGACAAAGUACAAGCCAAAUUUGAUGCAGCUAUGCAGGAGAAGAUGGACCUCUUGAAUGAUGCUGAAAUGUGCAGGAGAAAGAUGCAGGCUGCCUCUGCCCUUAUUGAUGGCUUGAGUGGAGAGAAAAUCCGUUGGACUCAACAAAGUAAAGAGUUCCGAGCCCAGAUCAAUAGGCUUGUGGGAGAUGUGUUACUUUGCACAGGUUUCCUUUCCUAUUGUGGCCCUUUUAAUCAGAUAUUCAGGAACCUCUUGCUUAAAGAUUUAUGGGAGACAGAGAUGAGAUUACGAAAAAUCCCUUUUACUGAAAAUCUGAAUAUUAUUUCCAUGCUGGUAGAUCCUCCUACGAUUAGUGAGUGGAAUCUGCAAGGGCUUCCAGGAGAUGAACUCUCAGUUCAAAAUGGCAUCAUUGUUACAAAAGCAACCAGAUACCCACUUUUGAUAGAUCCACAAACUCAAGGGAAAACAUGGAUUAAGCAGAAAGAAAAGGACAAUGAUUUACAAGUGACAACUUUGAAUCAUAAAUAUUUCCGUUCGCACUUAGAGGAUGCCCUCUCUCUGGGAAGGCCACUUUUAAUAGAGGAUAUCAGGGAAGAAUUAGAUCCUGCCCUUGAUAAUAUAUUAGAAAAGAACUUCAUUAAAUCAGGAAGCUCUUUCAAGGUGAAAGUUGGGGAUAAAGAAAUAGAUGUCAUGAGUACAUUUAAACUUUAUAUUACUACAAAAUUGCCCAAUCCUGCCUUCACUCCUGAGAUUAAUGCUAAAUCAUCAGUAAUUGAUUUUACUGUUACAAUGAAAGGACUUGAAAAUCAGUUAUUGAAGAGAGUAAUUCUAACAGAGAAACAGGAACUAGAAGCCGAAAGAAUUAAACUCAUGGAGGAUGUAACUUAUAAUAAGCGGAAAAUGAAAGAACUAGAAGAUAAUCUCCUUUAUAAAUUAACUACAACUAAAGGUUCUUUGGUGGAUGAUGAAUCACUGAUCGGUGUUUUGAGAACCACUAAACAAACAGCUACAGAGGUAUCUGAAAAACUAGAAGUUGCAGGAGAAACUGAGAAAAAAAUUAACACUGCACAAGAGGAAUACCGUCCUGCUGCUACACGAGGGAGCAUUCUUUAUUUUCUGAUCACUGAAAUGAGCAUGGUUAAUACAAUGUAUCAGACUUCCCUUGCCCAGUUUUUAAAACUGUUUGAUCAAUCCAUGGCUAGAUCUGACAAGACUCCUAUUCCACAGAAAAGGAUCACAAAUAUUAUUGAGUACUUGACAUAUGAAACUUUCACCUAUUCUGUUAGAGGCCUCUAUGAAAAUCACAAGUUUCUUUUCACCUUGCUUUUGACAUUAAAAAUCGAUCUUCAGAGGAGCCAGGUCAAACCAAAGGAAUUCCAGGCACUCAUUAAAGGGGGUGCUGCGCUGGAUCUAAAAGCUUGUCCUCCCAAACCGUUCCGCUGGAUUCUAGAUAUGACAUGGCUCAAUCUAGUAGAACUGAGCAAACUACCACAGUUUUCAGAAAUUAUGAAUCAGAUAUCCCGUAAUGAGAAAGGAUGGAAAAAUUGGUUUGAUAAAGAUGCUCCCGAGGAAGAAACUAUUCCGGAUGGAUAUAGUGAUUCACUAGAUACCUGUCGCAAAUUAUUGCUUAUCAGGUCUUGGUGCCCAGAUCGCACACUUUCUCAGGCCCGAAAGUAUAUCGGAGAUUCCUUGAGUGAGAAGUAUACAGAACCUGUCAUCUUAAAUUUAGAGAAAACAUGGGAAGAAAGUGAUAGAAGGACACCUCUCAUUUGCUUCUUGUCUAUGGGAUCUGACCCAACAAACCAAAUUGAUGCAUUGGCUAGAAAACUUAAACUGGAAAACAGAGCUAUAUCUAUGGGUCAGGGGCAAGAAGUUCAUGCACGCAAACUAAUUCAGAUGUCAAUGGUACAGGGUGGCUGGGUGUUACUUCAGAAUUGUCAUCUAGGUCUAGAAUUUAUGGAAGAACUUUUGGAAACAAUGAUGACUGCUGAUAUUCCCGAUGAGACCUUCAGAGUUUGGAUAACCACUGAACCACAUGAUAGAUUUCCAAUCACUUUGCUGCAGACUUCAAUAAAAUUCACCAAUGAACCUCCACAAGGUGUACGAGCUGGUUUGAAGAGAACGUUUUCUGGGAUAAAUCAAGACUUGCUUGAUGUCAGCAAUAUGCCUAUGUGGAAACCUCUUCUUUAUACCGUUGCCUUCUUGCACUCUACUGUCCAGGAAAGGCGAAAAUUUGGUCCUUUGGGCUGGAAUAUUCCCUAUGAAUUCAAUUCUGCUGACUUCACAGCCAGUGUUCAAUUUAUACAGAAUCAUUUGGAUGAAUGUGACAUUAAGAAAGGAAUAUCUUGGAGCACAGUCCGAUACAUGAUUGGCGAAGUACAGUAUGGAGGCAGAGUCACUGAUGAUUAUGAUAAGCGUCUUCUUAACUGCUUUGCAAGGGUCUGGUUCAGUGAGAAGAUGUUUGAAAACACUUUCUGUUUUUAUACUGGAUAUAAAAUCCCAGUUUGCAAAACUCUUGAGCAAUAUCAGGACUACAUUUCAACUCUCCCCGCCAUGGAUAGUCCUGAAGUCUUUGGUCUCCACCCUAAUGCAGACAUAACAUACCAGAGCAACACAGCAGCUGAUGUCUUGAACACUAUUACCAAUAUUCAACCAAAAGAAAGUGGAGGUGGAGUAGGAGAAACUCGAGAAGCUAUUGUGUAUAGACUAGCUGAAGAUAUGCUUGAGAAACUGCCCCCUGAUUAUGUACCCCAUGAGGUAAAAGCUCGUUUAAUUAAAAUGGGCCACCUUAAUUCUAUGAACAUUUUUCUUCGCCAAGAAAUUGACCGAAUGCAGAAAGUUAUCAAAAUAGUCCGAAACAGCCUCCUUGACCUUAAAUUAGCCAUAGAAGGAACUAUUAUUAUGAGUGAGAACUUAAGAGACGCUCUUGAUAACAUGUAUGAUGCUCGAAUUCCUCAGCUCUGGAAGCGUGUAUCAUGGGAUUCUUCUACCCUGGGUUUCUGGUUUACUGAACUUUUAGAGAGAAAUUCCCAGUUCCGUGUUUGGAUCUUUGAAGGAAGACCACAUGUAUUUUGGAUGACUGGAUUUUUUAAUCCUCAGGGGUUUCUAACAGCUAUGAGACAAGAGGUUACACGAGCGCAUAAAGGCUGGGCUUUGGAUACAGUGACCAUCCAUAAUGAAGUACUGAAACAGAUCAAAGAAGAAAUCACUGCAGCCCCUCCUGAAGGGGUUUAUAUCUAUGGAUUAUACUUGGAUGGAGCUGGAUGGGAUAGACGUAAUAAUAAGCUCACUGAAUCUACAGCAAAGAUUCUUUUCACUUUACUUCCUGUUGUACAUAUAUUUGCAAUUAACACAACAGGCCCAAGAGAUCCUAAACUCUAUGUUUGUCCCAUUUAUAAGAAGCCAAGAAGAACAGAUUUGACCUAUAUCACUGCAAUCUACUUAAGAACAACUGUAUCUCCUGAUCAUUGGAUACUGAGAGGAGUAGCUCUUCUAUGUGACAUUAAAUAA